AUGAAGGUGCCUUUGUACGCAACCGCUGGUGUUGCGACAUCUUGUGUUGCGUUCCUCUUUGGAAUGGACACUGGAAGUAUUGGUCCCAUCACUACCAUGUCCUCUUUCAAAGACACUUUUGGUGAUUUCUCUGCCACGAUUCAUGGCGUUAUUGUCUCGACUAUUCUUAUUCCUGGAGCUUUGACUGCCCUUGUCGCUGGUGCUUUGGCGCAUCGCUUCGGACAUGUGAGACUCAUCGCUAUAGGCUCUGUCAUCUUCGGCAUCGGUGCCGCCAUUGAAUGCGGUGCGCCCUACCUCGGCGUCUUCAUCUUUGGCAGACUCAUAAAAGGUAUGGGAGAAGGACUCUUUUUGAGCAACGUCUAUGUUCAAGUUUCGGAAAUGUCACCGUCUCGCGUGAGAGGUAUCAUGACUGCGUUACCGCAAUUUCUUAUCACUACUGGAAUCGUGACUGGUUACUUCACUUGCUAUGGGACAUCGCGACUGGGCGAAUCUUCUAUCACUUGGCGCCUACCGUUGGCCAUCGUUGCAUUUCUCGGAGUCCUUUUGUCUAUGGUUGCACUCAUUGUUCCACCUUCUCCAAGAUGGCUUCUAUCUAAAGGCCGGGUGGAUGAAGCGAGAGUCGUGUGCAGACAACUCGGAAUUGACGAAGUCGAAGAAAAGGAACUCCUCGCUCAAGAUUACGACGCACCUGCCGGCCUGGAUGGCGAAACGACGCUCUGGCAAGAUAUCCAACACACCUUCAAGGACUUUAGAUGCGCAUUCUCAGCACCUUACCGAGGUCGAACAGCAUUUGCGUGCUUUCUCAUGGGGAUGCAGCAAUUCAGCGGCAUUGACGGAGUUUUGUACUACGCCCCGAUCCUAUUCACACAAGCUGGCCUCAGCGGUGAAAAGGCUUCCUUUUUAGCAUCCGGCGUGUCGGCUGUUGUUAUUCUUGCUGCCACACUUCCCGCAACCAUCUUUGCGGAUAGAUGGGGCAGACGCAUGCAGAGCAUCCUUGGGGGUGUGUUGAUCGUUGGCCUGAUGGUAAUUAUGGGUUCGCUUUAUGCGGCUGGGAAAGUUCACCCAGAUCACGGCCCUGGAAGAUGGGUUGUCAUUGUCUGUAUCUACCUGUUUGCUAUUGCGUUUAGCUUCACAUGGGCUAUUGGCUUUCGAACAUGGGUUGUGGAAAGUAUGCCGAGGCGGACGAGGAGUAGUGCUUCGAGUCUUGCUCAAAGUUCAAACUGGACUGCCAACUACAUCGUGGCGUUGGUAACCCCGGUACUGCUCGACAAGUCUUCAUUUGGUGCAUACUAUUUGUUUGCAGGUUGCAGUUUAGCGACAACUGUCAUGGUGAUUCUAUUUAUGGGCGAGACAAAGGGUCAUAGCUUGGAAGAGAUUGAGAAGAGACACGGAGAUAGGAAAGAGAAGAGCUUUCCGUUCAACUUGUAA